GAUUUGCAUUCUGGAAAUAUAUUAUAUUCAAAUCAUAAUGACGGUUGUCGUAUUAGUGAUCUUGGAUUUUGUGGUCCCGCAGAUAGACCAUUAACAAGUAUAUAUGGAAAUCUUCCUUACAUAGCUCCUGAAGUUAUUAGUGAAAAAGGAUAUACACUUAAAUCUGAUAUUUAUAGUAUUGCAAUGCUAAUGUGGGAAAUUUCAUUUGGACAACCUCCAUUUAUGAAUUAUGAACAUGAUUGUAUUCUUGCACUUAAUAUCAUUGAUGGUAUAAGACCAAAAAUUAUAUCAGAAAUUCCUUCAAAAUAUAAAAGUUUAAUGGAACAAUGUUGGGAUGCUAAUCCAUUAGAAAGGCCUGAUAUUUAUGCACUUUGGGAAAAAAUUAAAGAAAUUAAAUCAUAUUAUCAAAAUAAUCCAAAUGAAUUACCUCAAUUAAUAGCAAAAAUUGAUAAAAAAACAAGCAAUAUUUUUAGCAGUAAAUUAUUUACAAGUAAAAUUCAUGAAUUUAAAAAUUUACCAGAACCAAAAAAUGCAACAAAAG